CCCGUGAAGAUUUCGCCGCUGCGCCGCUUGCGCUGGCCGAGAAGAGAUGCUGAUCCUCAAUGGCGAGCCUGUGGUUCUAGAUGAGCUCCUCGGCAUCUCUCGCUUGCAGGAAGUCUUGGCCGCGAUCGUUCAGCAGCUCAACACGCAGGAUGAGAGGAUUGCCGAGAUGCACUCAGAGCUGAGCUCCGUGCAGAGUACUCAGGCGUGCGUCGCGCAGCUUCAUGAGGGCCUGGCUGAGAUGGAGGCUAGGAUCUCCAGACAGGACCAGCUUUUUGCAGAGGUCGAUGAGCGGUCGCGCAUGGCCAAAGACUUGGCGCAGGCGAGCCGCGAAACGGUCCAUGCCCAGGCGCGGCCCACGGUACGUCCCCGCAUCCUGGGACUAGGCAGCCCGAUGCGUCGUCUUCCUGAGGAGGACGAGGAAGACGAAGACGAUUCAGGAGCCGGGCUGCUGAGUGCACAGGAGUACACGGCCACGGCCAUGCCUAUGGUCCCUCUGUCGCCCAUCAAGGAGGUGGAAUCGCCCCACCGGGCCGCCAGCAUUUCGAAGUUGGCAGGGCCGGACCCUGCCACCACCCUGGCGGCAGCGGUGGCUGCUGCCAAGUCCUCGUCGCCCCAGGAGAGGUCGCCCUCGCACACUCCUCAGCAGCCCCUGGACGUGUCCAAUGACUCGGUGCCCGAGCCUUGCCCAGAGCACGGAGGCCGCAGCUCCAAGGUGGUGGCGGUGAACGGCAUCCCGUACACCCAGCUGAACACCAUCGGCCGCGGAGGCAGCUCCAAGGUCUACCUGGUCCAGAACGCUGCCCACGAGAUCUUCGCGCUGAAGCGGGUGACGACGGAGAACUCCAAACAGCUGGAGGCCUUCCAGAACGAGGUGGUCCUAUUGCAGCAGCUUAGGGACCGGGACUCGGUGAUCCAGGUGGUCGAUGCGGAAGUGGACCGGGAGAAGGGCCGCAUCAACAUCGUGAUGGAGGCCGGUGACAUGGACCUGGGUCGCUUCCUGCAGUCGCAGCCCAGGCUCGACAUGUCGCAGAUCCAGCACCUUUGGAAGCAGAUGCUCGAAGCUGUGCAGGUGAUUCACCAAGAGCGCAUCGUGCAUUCUGACUUGAAACCCGGGAACUUCCUGCUGAUCAACGGGCGCCUCAAGGUGAUAGACUUUGGCAUUGCCAAGCGCAUUUCCAACGACACCACCAACAUCCAGCGCGAUGCCUCUGUUGGGACGCUGAGCUACAUGGCGCCGGAGGCGGUGAAGCAGGGCCAGUUGAAGCUGGGCCGGGCCUCGGACAUUUGGUCUUUGGGCAUCAUCCUGUACCAGAUGAUCUACGGGCACCCACCACUGGCGCACCUGGAGCCAAUGCAGCGCCUGCUGCGCUUGAACGACCCCACGCUGCGGAUUGAGCUGGGGCCCACAAGGGGUACCUUGACUUUGGCUUGA